UAGAUCAAUGUCCUGCACUGAGUGGCUGUUCCGGGCAAAGGCGGAGACAGGACAUGAAUGCGGUGCUCGGGCCCCAUAGGAUCACACAGUGGGAGCCCUGUUUUAUCUUUAGUUUAGAUCAGAAUACAGAGAAACAGGCCAACGAGGAUAAGCAUGAGGCGACACUGUGGGCUCAAAUAUGGAAUAUGCAAGGAAUUUCUUGCUGAAUUCCUGGGAACAUUUGUUUUGGUGUUGUUUGGUUGUGGUUCGGUGGCCCAAACCGUCUUGAGUCGGAACCAGCUGGGAGAACCCCUCACGGUCCAUAUUGGUUUCUCUGUUGGACUCAUGAUGGGCGUGUAUGUGGCUGGAGGAGUAUCUGGGGGGCACGUGAACCCUGCUGUGUCCCUGGCUAUGGUCAUUCUGGGCAAACUGAAAAUUUGGAAGUUCCCCAUUUAUGUGAUUGCGCAGUUUCUUGGAGCAUUUGCCGGAGCAGCUGCCGUCUUUGGGUUAUAUUACGAUGCCUUCAUGGAUUUCACCAGUGGGAUUCUAUCUGUAACUGGGAUCAAUGCCACAGGCCAUAUAUUCGCUUCGUAUCCAGCGCGACACCUGUCCAUUCUGGGAGGCUUCAUUGACCAAGUGGUGGGGACCGGGAUGCUGGUCUUGUGUAUACUGGCUAUCAUUGACGGAGGAAACAUAGGAGCACCAAAAGGAAUGGAGCCGCUGGCGAUUGGACUUAUUAUCAUGGCUAUUGGGGUGUCUAUGGGCCUGAACUGUGGCUACCCCCUGAACCCUGCUCGUGACCUGGGACCUCGAAUGUUCACUGCUGUGGCUGGCUGGGGCUUUGAGGUCUUCAGCACGGCAGGAUACUGGUGGUGGAUUCCUGUGGCUGGUCCCAUGGUCGGAGGCGUAGUGGCCGCUGUCCUGUACUACCUGCUGAUCGAAAUGCACCACAAACGAGAUGCACCAGAGAAGUCAGAUGACGAGGAGGAAGAGGAGGAUGAGGAUGAAGAUGAAGACAGCAGCCUGAAGGACAAGAAUGGCACCACUCUGUUUGAGACAAGUUUCAAUAAUAUGGACGUCCAUCAGCUACAGCUUUAGACUGAUACUAAUAGCAGUAAGCAUGUGUUGAUAUAUCCCAUGUAAAUACAACAGACAUCACUGACUCGAACUGUCUACUAUUCUCUGCAGACGCAUAUUAUAAAGCUUCAUUUUUCACUGCUCACAUUUUGUUGAUAUUGUAAAUAGUCAAACAAUGUAU